GAGUCCAGCGGGCACCAUGAGGAGAGCUGGAGAGCAAGUGGGUCUCCUCCUGUUCUGCCUGAUGAUCGCAACCUGUCGAGGGGCACAGGAGUCCUCCUGCCCAGAGUUGAAGGAGCUGGGCCUGGAUGGCAAUGAGACAAUAGCCAUUGUGCGGGGGAGUCAAGGCUUGCCAGGACCGUGCCCCAAACUGCAAAGAGCUCUUGAAAAGAGGGAUGAUCCUGAGCGACUGGUACACCAUCUAUCCCCAGGACUGCCAGCCCCUGCAGGUGCUGUGCGAUAUUGUCACCGACGUAGGCGGAUGGAUUGUCUUCCAAAGGCGUUCGGAUGACUCCGUGGACUUUUUCCGUGACUGGGCUGCCUACAAGAAAGGAUUUGGAAACCAGCUGACCGAAUUCUGGCUGGGGAACGACAACCUUCACCGCUUGACCUCGCUGGGAAAGAAUGAAUUGCGUGUCGACUUCACCAAUUUUGAAAAUCAGCAUUCCUUCGCCAAAUAUGCAUCCUUCCAGGUGACGGCAGAAUCCGACCGGUAUCGGCUAACUCUGGGAGUCUUCACAGGUGGCUCUGCAGGUGACUCCCUCUCCUACCACAACAACAUGCCCUUCUCCACCAAGGAAAAACGGCAGGACCCCCGGAAGUUCAACUGCGCUGAGAAGUGCCAAGGGGCCUGGUGGUACCAUGAAUGCCACCACUCCAACCUCAAUGGGAGAUACUGGCUGGGAGAACACAAGACUCGCGGGAACGGCAUCAACUGGGCUACUGGGAAAGGCCCGUACUACUCGUACAAGCGCUCCGAAAUGAAAAUCCGGCCUGUGGCUUAGGCUGUUCCUUCAGGCUGAUGGGCCUUUUUCUUUCUGAGGGUUUCCAAAGGGCAUCUAGUCCAUCCCCUCUGCUUUUGAUUUGUUACCUUGAUAGAGAGCUUGCAUUUUACAAAAUUCACAUGAUUAAAUGAUCUUGCAGAGUUGGGGUGGGUGGGCUUUUCCAUUUGUUCCCCUUCAGGUCCACUGGAGUUGGGCAGUCAAUGAAUUAAAUAAAUACUGU